CGACAUCCGCGAGACCCACAGGUGGAUAACAGACUACAAUGCCGUAUCUGUCGGCGAUGUUUCCAUUGAUCUUCCUGCUGGCCGAAAUCAAUGCAGCUGGCAUCGGCGAAGCUUGGCAAGUUACGCCACAUGUGAAAUCAGUCUACACGGAUCAUCCGUUUCGAUCACGAUCGGACUCCUCGGCGUUCGAGGUUCGCACCGUAAGCGGAGUAGGUCGUCUGGCUUCGUUCGACGAAGCUCGAAAUGUUCAGAAGCAUCCGGAACUCACUACGCCGGGUUUCGUGGAGCCGAACAUCCUUCCGGAAGCAGCCGAGGAAAUUCUUCGCGAGAAUAAGAACCUCGAGCAGUUCCGAAAACUUCUAGAGGACUCACCGUACGACAAUGGCGAGGUUGAGGACGAUGUCGUCAAAGGCGACGCCGUACCUAUACAAAGAAUUUUCCAGAAGACACUCAUGAUGAGAAUUCUACACGCGGACAAGGGAGACGAUGACAACAACGAGCAAGCCACGAGAGGGAUCGUACAGCGUAUUCGUAGGCAAGCGGAGAACGAGACGAGUAUGGAGAAGAUCUCGACGACGAAGAACGUGCGCGAGGCUCGUGUGAGCUCUCCCGAGACAUGGUCGACCGCGGCGCAGCCGAUCUCGGUGGAGUUCCGUCAUCGUAUCCCCUUAGAUCAGGUGAUCCAGCAGCAACAGGAGGAGGAGGAGGCCGCGGCUCUGUCCAGCAUAUACCGUAGGCAUCAGGCACCCCGGGCGGACUUCGUGACGGGCCAGCAUCAUCGACGCUACCCGGACUAUCGCGAGUCCAGGGACAUGCCGAUCACCAAGAACUACGACGACUACGAUCAGAUGUCCUGGUACAGGAACGCGAUACGCGAGAGAGAUUACGAGUAUCCAUCGUAUCGCCGUGGAUACAGCUACCAAUAUCCCGAUCGCUACAGGACGGAGAGGGAUUAUUACACGCGGUCGCCGAGCGAACAGUACUACGAUCGUUACGAUCGUUACCGAGAGGAUGAUCUUGAUUUCUACAGGAACCGACCCCCCGCGCCGAAACCCCGACGGAUCAUCUACUACGCUACCCUGCCGGAAAUCGUGAGGAAACCGGUGGACCUGAGGAACUAUCCGCGGUACGACGCGGGCGCGACCAGAGCACCGGUCACGCGGGACGGCGCCUACAAACGCGUGCCCGGCAACGUCGAUCCCGGUAAGUAUCGGUACAGACAAUCGUAUAGCGGUUACGAUCCCUACAUGAAGAGAGCGAGCUAUUACGAACGUCCGUAUGAAUAUCCCGAAGACGAUUCACGACGCGUCAGAGUGUCAACCAAGGAGGACUUGAGGAACGACAGAUUCGGAGGCGCGAAUAACGAGCGGAAAGUAAGCAAUCUCAUAGCGAUUAGGGACGAGUCGGGCAAGCUGCCCUGGCCGGUGCAAAUCGGCACGGAGGUCAGCAUCAAGGACGACGAGAGGAUCCCCGGUCGUAAGAUCUUCGGCGAGUCGAGCAUCGGCUACGAGAGAUUCCAAAGUGCCCAGCUGCAGAAAGCGCCGGACGCGACAGGAUCCAGCGAGCUCCAAAGCGACAAUUAACGCGUUGAAGAUUACAUCCAUUUGCAUUAAAAAAAAAAUUAAUUCUAGAUUUACUUCUCGACAAACAA